CUCAGGGGGGGGGAGAGAGAGAGAGAGAGAGAGAGAGAGAGAGAGGAGACUCAGAAACGUCGGUCGAGAGUCAGACGCAGCAGACGCCCACCCGCCAGCCAUCCACUCUGACGGAUCCGACGGAUUCGCAGCAGUACGACUUGCCCAUCUAUGUCGAAUCCGUCGGCGGACCGUCUGAGGCGCCUCCUGGAAGGCGCUGACAUCCUCGUGAUGCCCUGCUGCUACGAUGCGCUCACUGCCAAGCUCAUCGAGGAGGCCGGUGAGGACGUCACAAAGGAUAUGACGCAGCUACAGGUGCUCAAUCAAACUGUGCUGUUUUGCUUUUCUCCUUCAGGUUUCCCCCUGACGUUCAUGUCGGGCUUCAGCGUAUCUGCCGCGCGGGGCUUUCCGGACACGCAGCUCAUCUCAUACCAGGAGAUGGUGGACACAUGCGCGUAAGCACAGGCGCAGGACGACAAGCACGAGAAAGGAAUGAGCUCAGUCGUCGCGUUCGCUCUGUAUGUCAGAUCCAUAUGUGCAACUCUCAAGACCACGCCUCUGAUUGGCGAUGGAGACAAUGGAUACGGUGGGCGAGACGAAGUGUGUUUCACACUCGCCAUUUGCUGAAUGGGUGUGCUUGUUUCGUGCAGGAAAUCCCGUGAAUGUCAAGAGGACAGUCAAGGGAUACGCCCAGGCAGGUGGGAAGCCAAGCUUCUAGGAAGAACAACACAGUGAUUGAGCCAAGUGCCGGAAAGCAUUGCCUGUUUGUUUUCGUUUGUGUAUCGUCAGGUGCGGCAUGUGUGAUGAUUGAGGACCAGGUGGCCCCAAAGCGAUGCGGACACACCAAAGGCAAAGACGUAAGAGGACUGAAGACAAUGAAUGGCACUGUGACUGUACUGUUCUCCGCCUGUUGGUCUGUGUGCAGGUCAUUUCCUAUGAGGAUGCGUGUAUGAAGAUCCAAGCAGCCGUUGACGCGAGGUGACCAAAACAAACAGCACGAAAUGCGCACGCAUAUCUGUCCUCUGCCUUGUUCGUUCAGGAAUGAGGGCCGCGACAUUCUCAUCCUGGCCCGCACCGACGCAAGGGCCACACACGGGUAAGCCAUCUGUCUGUUCGCCUGACUUACCUAGCUGUGCGUGUGUUCUUCUGCACAGACUUGACGAGGCGAUCCGUCGGUGCCAGGCUUUUCGCCGUCUGGGUGCUGACAUCACCUUUCUCGAGGCGCCGCAGACAGAGGAAGAAAUGAGGAGAUACUGCACGUAAGACGGUGGGUGCUGCUGGAUGUCUGGUGGAUGGUGUGUGCUCUUGUGCGUGUUGUGUGCAGGGAGGUGGACGGCCCCAAGCUCGCCAACAUGCUCGAGGGCGGCAAGUCGCCAAUCAUACCACCGAAGGUCAGCCAGCGGCGGGAUGGAUGGAUGGGUGGAUGGAUGAAUGGGUGCACAGCUGACAGUGUAGUGAAUGCGUCGUCGUGGUGUCACGCCGUGCUGUGCAGGAGUUGCAGGCCAUCGGCUUCAAGAUCGUGGCGUACCCUCUCACCCUGCUGUCGUCAGGCAUCAAGGUAAUGACAUGACACCCUGUCAGGUCAGGCAGCCCUGUCCAUGACAUGACGUGACAGCACGUGUGUGUAUGUGCUGUGCCUGUUGAUGUAUCAAUCAGGCCAUGAAGAAUGCUCUGGAUGCACUCAAGGCUGGCAAGCCCACCGACUCGUACAUUCUGCCAUUCGAAGGUACCGCUCUUCACACAUGAGUCGACCAGCGCCACGACCGUCUGUGUGAGUGUCCAUGGGUGGUCAGAUCUCCGUGCGAUCGUUGGGUUUGAGGACUACUACAAGGAGGAGGAGCGAUAUGCGACAACCAGCCCGCAGACGAAUGGCAAAUAGGAAGGGGUGGGUGGGUGGCUGAGUGGGUGCUGCCAGGAACUUUGUGUGGCUGCCGGCGGGGGGCAUUGCACUGCGAGUGAUGGUGGAAUGUAGAUCUGUGUAGAUGAGAGGAGCGACGUUUUUGUCCACACAAUGCCGGGUUGACGCGAACGCACUUUAUUUCGUUAAUGGGAGUUGGGCGGCGCAAUUCGCUUGGCGGAAUGCAUUAUGUAUGCAUCUGCAUAGAUUUCUGCGAGGACGCGAAAGGCAGGCAGCC